GCCUGCCUCAGCCAGCCCUGGCCAGCACCAUGCCGCGCCUCCUCUGCGUCCUCCUCCUGCUCGCCUCGGCGGCUUGCACUGCCGCACAAGGGGCUCAGCAAGCGGAAUACUUCUUGAGGAUUUUGCCAGAAAAGCCUGUAGUGAUGUAUGGAGAUUCCAUGCUAUUAAACUGCAGUUCCAAUUGUGAGAACAUUGGCUUGGAGACCAGCCUACAGGCCGUUGCUGCAGGGACUGGGCCUACUUGGAAAGCCUUCAAUUUCACCAGUGUUACUGAGUGGGAACCGAAUCCAUUGUGUUUUGCUACCUGUGGGGGGACAGAGCCGAAAUCUCAGAGGAUAACCAUCACAGUUUACCGAGCUCCAGAGCGCGUAGUGUUGGAUCCGCUGCCAGAGGUGGAGGUGGGUAAGGAGUAUAAUGUGACUUGUCGAGUUUUCAAUGUUGCCCCCAUCCGGAACCUCACCGUGACCUUGUAUAAAGGGAAGAAGAGGCUGUACGUGGAGACCUUUGAGGACCGCAGGAAUCUUGAAGCCGGCAAUGUUGUGGUGACAAGCAAGAGCAUCACCGCUCAGCAGAAUGACCACGGAGAGGAAGUCUCCUGCCACACAGCUCUGGACCUGAGGCCGGAAGGGCCCUCCUUGGAAACGGUUUCCCCCAGCAAAUUGCUGGAGACUGUUGUUUUCCCCAUGGACCCAUAUCUUCAAACUUUGGGCUCUGUAGAGAUCAAUACUAGCAUGCCUGUGGAAUGUAAGGUGUCUGGACUUUUUCCGGUUCAAAAGGCAGCGUUUCAGCUGUUCUUUGCAGGGGAGAGACUGAACUCCAGCAACCACAUAUCAGGGCACAACGUGAGUGCCCAGGCUCAAGUGUCCUCAAUAUCCGCAGGAGAACAUCAGUUGAUCUGCACAGUCACUCUGGGGCCAGUGACCAAAACUGCAGAGAGUACUGUGAAUGUCUACAGUUUGCCCAAACCCACCCUACACAUUGACCACCCCCAAAUCCCUGUCAACACAAAUGUGACAGUUAUGUGCAGGUCUGAUGGCUCCAAGUCCCCUGGUGUCGUCAUGCGGAUCAGUGACACCAAGGAGAUCUUACUAUCCGGAGAUGCUCCUUCUCUGCAGUAUGCACUUACAGCCCAUAAAGAGGAUAAUGGGAGGCAGUUCAUGUGCAAAGUGGAGCUGAAAGUUGAUGGGCGCUCGGUGGUGAAAGAGACAUCUGCAAAUCUCACUGUCUUCUAUGCACCCCAAAUGAGUGAUUCUAGUUGCCCUGAUAAGUUGACCUGGAAGGACGGCAGUGAAGAGACCUUUAUCUGUUCAGCCUCAGGAAACCCACCACCAACUGUCGAAUGCAGGAAAGAUGAGGUGUCGUACAAUAUUGGGAUACAGCAGCAAGUCACGAAAGAGCAUGCUGGCAUCUAUCACUGCAAUGCCACCAACACAUACGGAUUUGAUGUAAGAGAUGUGAUCAUAGACGUUGAAUCUUACCAUCUUAACACCCUUGGAAUCACAAUUGGGAUUCUCUGUGCAGUGGUUAUUUCUUCCGUAAUAGGGGUGGGUUAUUACAUGUACUACAGAAAACAAAAGAUCAGGAAGUACAAACUAAGACAGCGGCAGCUGCAAGUAACGGGAAGCCCCAUGGAGCAAAAGUGCCUGAAUGGCAACGCAUAGUCUGUGAAUGUUUAAGUGGACAGGUGGCUGCUAUAAACUGAAGAGGAACUUGAGCCCAUGCCAUCAAGUUGUAGUUAUUAUUCAGGUUCAUCAUCCCCACUUAGCCAGGGGCCGGGGGAGAAAAUGGGAAAGUGUUCUUGAGAUGCUGAACAACUGAUGGGCAGUGCUCCACCUGGACAUUGUCUUAAGGAGUUUGGAUGGUUUCUGCACUUUCAGACACUGACUGGUGGAAUUUAUUACAAAAGACUUGUGAUCAGAAACUUGUCCCUUUUAUGUUUUUCUUAAAAUCUUCUCUUCCACCCAAGCCUUGGAAUCUUGCAGCUUUGAGAACCAGAAUGCUUACAGGUCAGGUGGGGAUAAGAGCUGCCAGAGCAUAUGCUUUGAGAGAUAGCUGACAGCAUUCAGUUACUCAGUAAGAAGCAACACGAAGAGUUCAGGCAGGUGUGUUGAAGGGGAAGGAUGGAAGAGCCACAUUAAGCAUGGACUGUUUCGCCAGCAGUGGAUGCUUUCAGAACUUAGAUUUUCAUUCCUGCAGUGUGAAGUGAAGUGCCUGCCUGGAUCCUUCCCCUCGCCCCACUGGGACUAUAAGCCGGCAAGAUCAUGACUGCAUUUUGCAUUCUGGAAACAAUUGUCUCUUUCUUGGACCACCCAAGCUCUUCCAGGGCACAAUCUGGCACCAGUUGGGUCUUAAAGGAAAGCCAAGAUUCUUAUGUGGUAGCAAAGUCAACAUAAAAUGGUUUUUUAUCAUGAUCCAUGAACUCAGGAUUCUCUUCUUUAAAGAUACUACGUCAUAACUCUAAGACAACUUGUCUUUUUCCAUGUCAGGCCAGGCUGAAGUCUUUAAUGUGAAGGAUAUGAGAAUGGUUUAAAAAUAAUGGAUGCUUUUAAAUGACUGCUGAAAGAUGUUGGGUAAUGUGUUUCCACAUGCUUAGUUUUUCCAUACUUCUGCGAGUUUAAAGUGUCAUUUUUGCACAUGUGGCUCAAAGCCACAUUUAUAUGUAAAAACACCCACAAAAUUUGCUUUGUGAAUUAUGCUUUAUGGGUGUGUGCCUAAAAUGCAUGAAAGGGUCUACAUACAUUGGAAUAGGAGGAAAGCACUAUUGCAGAACCUUGAACUUGUCAUCUAGAUUUCUUUAAAUGACUCCUUGUUUUAAAUCUAACUUAGUAUAAGAGAAUCCCCCCGCUGUUUCAAAAAUCUUUGAGCAUUUAUUCUGGAGGCUGAGCAGUGCACCCAAACAGCAACUGAAUUGAAGGGACUGCAAGUUAAUUUUCUUGCAUCAAAACCUAGCAAGUCAUUCUCAUUGAAUUUAUUUUUAUGUUCUUGUCUUAUUGCCUGGAGAGUAAAAUUGUUUGCUAAAUUCUG